AGGGCCUUUCCUUUUUGUUAUUCAUUUUUAUGAAGAAACUUCUAGAAACAACAAAAACAUCCCCUUCCACACACCACCACCACAAUCCACAACAACUCCUCUGAUCUUCUUCCUUCCAUGUUCUUUAUCCAGAUCUACAUAUCCAAGAAACAAUUUCACCAGGUGAAUUUUCUGAGGAAAUCACCAUUAAUGGAAUCUUAAACUUUUUUUGAAAGUUGUGUAAAAUUUCUUCUUGGAUCUGGUACUAAUUUGUUGUUAUAGAGGUGGAAUCUACGAAAUUUUCUGUUUCUAGGUGUUGAUUGAUUAAGAAACAGGUGUAGGUGGAUAUGGUAGAACAAAAUGGAGAAACAGAAUCAUUAUCUCAACAACAACAAUCACAGCAGAAAUCAUCAUCAUUACCAACACCGUUUCUAACAAAAACGUAUCAAUUAGUUGAAGAUACAACAGUUGAUGAUAUUAUAUCAUGGAAUGAAGAUGGUACUACUUUCAUUGUUUGGAGAGCAGCUGAAUUUGCUAGAGAUUUGUUGCCCAAAUUCUUUAAACAUAAUAAUUUCUCUAGUUUCGUUCGCCAACUCAAUACUUACGGAUUUCGAAAGAUAGUACCAGAUAGAUGGGAAUUUUGCCACGAUUGUUUUAAAAGAGGAGAAAAGAAAUUAUUAUCUGAUAUACAAAGAAGAAAAGUAUCAUCAACAUCAUCUCCGUCACCACCGGUUGUAACGACGACGACCACAACAACAACGGUUGUAGUAGCAGCUGGAUCUCCAACUGAUUCCGGUGAUGAACAAGUAUUAUCAUCGAAUUCUUCACCUUCAACAUCAUUAAUUCCACCGGUGAUGAUGGCGAGUAACACCAUAAAUUAUAUUAGGCCUAGCGGCGGUUGCAGUAGCAGUAGUACUAAUUCAGAAUUAGUUGAAGAAAAUGAAAGAUUGAGAAAAGAGAAUCAACAACUAUCACAGGAAUUAAAACAGAUGAAGAAUCUCUGUAACAAUAUCUUUGCUUUAAUGACCAAGUACAAGGCUUCCACUAAUCUUCAUGGAGAAGAAGCCGAAGAUGAAGAUAAUAAGAGUGGUGGUGGUGGUUUUCCGGCGGAGAAACCGAUGGAAUUUUUAUCAUUAAAGCAGUUUUGUGACGAUAAUGAUGCAAUCACCGGUGGUGUUAGCGACAGUAGUCGACUUAAAGCUGAAACAGAAGAAGAUACGAGUAGUACUCGAUUAUUUGGUGUUCCGAUUCGGGUGAAACGAGUCAGAACAGAGGAUGAUGAAGAAAAUGAUCAAAAUGAAGAACUGGUGAAACCAGAGCCGUCGGAUUCGAAUUCGAAAAAAGUAGUUGAUGAUGAAUCAAGAUGGUUGAAGAAAUGUAAUAGUCUACCAAAUCGACGGUUGUGCUUGGAAUGAUUAAUAUGUUGUUGUAGUAUUAUAUGAUGAGAUUGUAGUAGAAUGUGAAAAUUCCUUAUACUGGUACGAGGAGACAGGCACGAAGUCACGUGAUCCAGUCAACAACCUUUUGUACAAGAUUUUCUUACAACAAAGUAAUUAGACUUUUGGGGUUUAAAUGGUAGUAAAAUAUUGUGUAAUGCUGAUCAGAAUUGUUGUCUUUUUAUCAAAGUUUUCUUGUUGUUCCUUGCAACUUUUUGUAGCAAUUUGGACUUUUAUGGAUGAUAAUUUUAAUUGAAUGUAUAUGGA